ACGUCAUUGGGUGAACAGCAAGAUGGUGAAAUUUGGCCUCCAGUUUAAAGCUUCUUUAGAGAAUGUAACCAGUGUGAGACCACUGGGUGAAGACUUCCGCUGGUUUUUAAAGCUCAAGUGUGGAAACUGUGGUGAGGUUCCAGAUAAAUGGCAGUAUGUGACUCUGGUGGAAAGUGUGCCAUUAAAAGGAGGCAGAGGAAGUGCCAGUAUGGUGCAGAAGUGUAAACUUUGUGGUAGAGAAAAUUCAAUUGAUAUCCUGCGAGACACAAUUACACCCUAUAAUGCUGAGGACAACGAGACCUUUAAGACAAUGGUGCAGUUCGAGUGUCGAGGUCUGGAGCCGGUUGAUUUUCAGCCACAAGCCGGCUUUGCUGCAGAAGGAGCAGAAAGUGGAACUCAGUUCCCUGAAGUCAACCUGCUAGAGAAAGAUUGGACAGAUUAUGAUGAGAAAGCCAAAGAGUCAGUGGGAGUCUACGAGGUCACUCACAGAUUCAUUAAAUGUUAAUGUUCUUGUGUAAGGAGGCUGAAGGAGUCACUACAGCUGAACAUCCUCAGUUACCCAGCAUGCUUUGCAACCAGAGAUGGUGUGGUUUGAUUCAUGCGGAACAAGAAAGCUGCUGAUUGAAAGAACGUAGAUCUUGGAUUGAUCAAAAUGGUCACAAUUAAGACUUUGGUUGGGUUUUGUCAGUGUUUCAAUAAA